AGUUUAAUAUCAAGGUCGGUGAUUCAAACGCGGCAUUAUCAAGGUCGGUGGUCUGUUUGGUUUGCUGCAUAGAAAAAUAAAAAGGUUUGCUGUGAAAGUAAACAUGGAUAUAUAUAAGAAAGGCAGGUCAAUCUGUGCAGCUAAGAACUGUAAAAAUGCGUAUUCAAAUUGUAGCUACGGUUUUUUUCGCUUUCCAUCAGAUGAGUCAAGAGCUGAAAGAUGGGCCAUAGCGGCAGGAAGAGAGGAUCUAAUUUCGAGUAGAGCAACACUACAUAUUUCUCAUCGACUGUGUGGAGCUCACUUUGAGAAAAAAAUGUUUACAUUUAAUGAAACUAGAAACCGCUUAUUAGCACAGGCAGUACCAACUUUGUUUCCAUGCUUGGAAGGUUCAUCAAGUAGUGUGGUACAGGAACAUAGUUACAGCAAUUUUUUGAAUCUCGAACAUUCUGGAGGUGCAGUUGAAGUUGCCUCAGAAGUAACUGAGACCCAAAGGCUUCAAAACUAUUUAAUAUCACCAGAUGCACUUGAUCAAGUUUGUCGUUUGUGUCUUAAAGAAAAUUGUACAUCCAAUAUUUUCGUUGGAACACUGGCAAAAAAUGGAAAAAAGUACAUAGAUUUAAUUUCUGCGUUAUCUGUUGUUAAAGUACAGGAAAAUGAUGGUUUCCCAUCCAAAAUAUGCAAUACUUGUGCUAAUAAACUAUACGAUUUUUAUAUGUAUAAGCAACAGAUAGAAACCACGCAAAUACUUUUGUGCAUUGCUCUGGGUAAGGUAAUGGUACAACCUGCUAAACCGUCUAAAAGUUCCGAGUACAGCCUUGAAAUAAAAAAUAAGAAUUUAAAUAUAAAGAAUGAAAUAAUUACAAUUGAUGAUGAUGAUGAUGAAGAUAAUAAGAUAAAUUUUGGAAAUAAGGAUGCCUCUUCAAGUGUUGAAAAGGAAAAUGUGCAGGAAAUAAACUUGAACAAAAAUCCAAAUAAAAUUGAUAGACAAACUAUACUAAUUGUUAGUAAAAAUAAUACAGGAGGUUCCAUGCUUAACAAUGUUUUAUCAAAUAAGGAAACACAAAACAUUGAAGAUGGUAAUAAUUUUGUUAUGAAAUGUUGGAAAAAAAAUUACAAAUGCAUAUCUUGUAACAGUAAUCUAAAUACACAUCCGGAGCUCAAGUUUUAUAGUUUUCCACUAGAUCCUAAAAGAUGCAAUGACUGGAAACGAGCUUUGAAAUUGGCUAAAAUAGAUCCUUUAUCACCUAUAACUCUACACAAAAAUGUUCAUCUAUGUAACAGACAUUUUACACCUUCAAUGUUCUGUGGUAAAUUAAAAAAUAAACUUAGAAAAACUGCAGUGCCAAUAGAUUUUACUGAAGACUCAAGAAGUAAAUUAAAAGUCACUGUGAAAACUGAAAAUGAAGAUCAUAUUUCUGAUAUCAAUGAAGAUAUAAAUUCAAAUGAUCUGGUGGAUAAUGAAUCUUUACACCUUUCUGAUGAUUAUAAUGAUGAUGAUGUUCCUAUUGCAAUUUCAGAUCAUAGUUAUUCAAAUAAAAUAAUCAAGACCGAAAACAAAGAAAAAGAAGUAAUAAAAGAAAAAGAAGUAAAAAAAGUAAAAGUGAAGGAAGUAAAGAAAAAGAAAUCUGAAAGUACUAGAUUUCAAUGUAUUUCAUUUGAUGAAAAAGGAAAUAAAAUAUACACUUGCUGUUUCUGUUCAGAAAAAUUUGAAGAUAGACUAAUGUAUAAAAGACAUAAAUUUAAAGAAUAUAGGAAAAGAAGAGCAAAGCCGAAAACUAGGAUAACUUGUAGUAUGUGUGGAAAACUAGUAAGCAGAGACCGAAUCAAAGCCCAUAUGGUACUCCAUGGUAAAGAAAAACCCUACGUUUGUGAUGUUUGUGGAAAACGUUAUCGCAGUAGCUCUAAUUUGCAUGAUCACAGACUGACACAUAAAGAAAGUAAAAGCAAGGUUUGCGAAAUAUGUGGAAAGAGCUUCUAUUAUGCAUGCCAACUUCGAGUGCACCUUCAGAAACAUAAUACAAUGAGAAGAUCUAAUAACCUUAUAAAAAGUAAGAAAACUGAAUGUGACUUCUGCCAUAAGAAAUUCCGUUGCCCCAGUCAUCUGAUCAUUCACAUGCGAACACACACUGGAGAGAGACCAUUUAAAUGUCAAUACUGUAGCAAAGAUUUCAAGCAACAAUGUCAACUGGUUUAUCAUGAGCUGUUACAUACUGGAGUUAAAGCUUAUGAAUGUUCGUUUUGUGGGAAAAAGUUCACAUUGAAUGGUAAUCUUCAGCAACAUAUUAGAACACAUACUGGAGAUAGGCCACAUCAGUGCGAUUUGUGUGAUAAAAGAUUUUAUACAAGUAGCGCCGUAAGGAAGCAUAAAAAGAUUCAUGAAAAUAAUCUUGGAUUUAAACCGUUUUAAUGAAAUAAAUUGUAUGUUUAUUGUUU